AUGGAUUAGGCACCCAAGAAGAGUGAAAAUAAAAAAGUAACGAUCAAUUUUUAAUUUAGGAUAAAAUAAGAAUUUCUUAUGGAAUAAUGGGAAUCCAGGGAUUUCUAACUGGAAUAGAAGAGUUUGGAGGAGAAAAUCAGAAAAUUUGGCAAAUUAAUUAUUAUUUAUAAAGUUUAUAUAUAAUAAAAAAUUAUGUAAUUAAGGCGGCAGGGAAAUGUUCUAUUUUUCUAAUUUGUGUUUUUUUUGUUUUUGAUGAUAUUAUGUUGAUGAUUUCCAAUCUAGUUAGGAACCAUUCUUAUUUGUAUUUAAACCCCCUACAUCGAUGA